AUGACGCUCUACUACACCUUGGUCUUUCUGCUCCUCGUGGGGGAGAUGGGCCUCUUCAUGCUCUUGAUCAUGCCAUUGCCUUUCGCGAUGCGCAGGAAGGUGUUCACCUUCAUCUCCGAGAACCCAAUCGUGGCUAAGGUCCAGUACUGGAUGAAGAUCACCUUUGUCUUCAUCCUGAUCCUCUUCAUCGACAGCGUCAACCGCGUUUACCGCGUCCAAGUCGAAUUGGCAGCCGCCACCGAAAACACAGGCGCAUCUGCGCCAGCGAUCAUGGGCCAUGAGCGUCUCGAAGUGCAGGCCCGCAAGUUCUAUUCGCAGCGCAACAUGUAUCUUUGCGGCUUCACCCUCUUCCUCUCGCUGAUCCUCAACCGGACCUACACCAUGAUCCUCGACGUGCUGCGCCUGGAGGAGAAGCUGAAGCAGUACGAGGGCACCGAGAAGAACACCAAGCAGGCCGAGAAGCUGGCCAUGGCCGGCGAUCCGGGUGAGAUCUCGCGCCUCAAGCGCGAGGUUGAGCUGCGCGACCAGGACAUCGCCACCCUCAAGAAGCAGGCCGCGGGUCUCCACCGGGAGUACGACGCCCUGGCCGAGAAGUACGGCCGCACCCAAGAGGACGGGUCCUCGAAGAAGGACAAAUAG